AUGCGCUCCACCGACAAGACCCGCGUCCGUCGCUUCACGCCCAAAACCCGCACCGGCUGUCUGACCUGCAAACGCCGCCGCGUGAAAUGCGACGAGCGGAAACCCACCUGCGCCGCGUGCGAGAAGGUCAAGACCAAGUGCGAGGGCUAUGCCGUGCUCAAGACUUGGCUAUUCGAGCCCAGCAACUCAAAGGAUGGGAGCCAUAGUGGCGGCUCGGCAUCGCCUUCGACUAGCGACCUGGGUCAGGGUGGAGGCGAUGGCGGAGGCAUGCUGGUGCAGUCGGCGAACCGGAAGAACAGCGACACGGGCGAGCCGCUGUACGUGCUCGAGCCGAUCCUCUUCCCGAGCUUAUUCAACAACACCGGCGAGCCCGCCGUCAUCAUGGACGCAUACCUCGACCUCUCAAGCGACACACCCAUGGCAUGGGACACAAGCCUAUACCGGACACGAUCACUCAAGUCCGGCCCAGUAGUCGACCACAACGGCGCCCUGAAACUCCACAACCAACCUCUCGACCCAACACCCCUCCGCCACCAAAGCCACCUCGCCUUAGCAACCAGCAUGCUCGCCCUCGCCCUCCCCCACCGCUUCCCCCACAGCCUGUACCUCAAAUACAUGUCGAGCACCGUCUCCGAAAUCCGCAAGCAAAUCAACCACUCAACCUUCAGCAUGCAAGACCUCAUCUCCGGCAUCUCCCAAACCCUCCUCGCCUGCGUCCUGCAAGGCGACACCGACUCCAUCAUCGCCCACCUCCGCGCCGCCUUUGGCCUCGUCAAAUCCCUCGGCGGCAUCGACAAGAUCGACCCCAACAUCGCGGCGGUGCUCCGCUACUCCGACUUCCACUUCGCGCUAGAGUCCCUCCUCGCACCCGUCUUCCCCCUCGUCGUCGACCUCCGCGCCCAGUACGAAGGCAGUCUCAGCGCCCUCACCAACAACACCCUCAUGCCUCUGGCCGAGGAGACAAUGUCGCACGCAAAAUCCCUCCCGCCGGUCAUCGAGCUCGUGAUAAGACGCUUCGCCAACGCCGUCCUCGCUCUCGCCCAAGCUGUCGCGAGCACCGCUGACGCCGCCCUCUCCUACCAGGAACUCAACUGGAUGGCUUCGCACGCCGCUGGCUCCCUCCACAUUUUGCUAGGCGUCUACCCCUCCGCUCUGGCAACCGAAGUCCCCUUCCGCCAGCAAACACCCAUCUACGAGUCCUACACCAUCCUGCUCAUCCUCUGGCUGCAGCUGCUCAUGUGCACCGCCAACGAAACCCUCUCCGCCGUCUCCAUCAGAUUAUCGUGCCUGACGGUGCGAAACCACGAGUUCCGCGAGGAGCAGCGCUGCACGUACGCCUCAGAGCGGAUUGACGAGGGGCUGAUGCGGUGGAAUCAGGCGGUCAGGGAGGCGAAGUUGGCGAGGGAGAGCCCGCCGGGGGAUUGGGAGGCGAAAAUGGUCAGUAUCGUUGAAGAAAUGGAACUCGAUCUUCCUGUGAGGCUAGGGCCGUUAAUGCGGGGGUUGUUGGAGAGUACGGCGGAGAUCAGGCACUUGUCGAGGGUGGGCAGGCCGGUGUUUGUGAGUGCGAUGGAAGAGAACGAUGAUGUGAGGGUGGUUAGUGGCUAUGAGGAGAGGUUGAAUGAGAGCGAUAACGAAGAUAGGGCUGGGAUUGAGAAUGAGGAGGUGCGAGUGAGGACUGUCAUGGGUGGCGGCGUAACGGCAGGACAGAUCGUCGAAGACGAGGAAGAAUUGCCAAUGCCUGGCAUGGGCUGCGGUGGACAGAACGGCUGGUAA